AUGACAAACGUUCAACAUCAUUCUAAAAUAAAUGAUAUUGAUUUACAACAAUAUAUCAAUAAUCCUCUUCCGAUUCCACUUAUGUCUAUUAGUGUUCCUCCAACUGAAGAUCCUCAUAUAGAAUCUUCAUCAUAUCAACCAAUAUAUUCAUCUUCAAUACCACUUAUUUCAAUAUCCGAUGAUAAUAUUUUGUCAACAUCAACAUUAAUAAAUCGAAUUGAUAUUUCAAAAUUUCAUUUUGCUCAUGUAAUUAAAGUUCCACAUGGUACAAAUCUUCUUGCAUCUGAUAAUCAAUUAACAACAGUAUGUAUUAAUUCAAUUGGAAAUAUAAUUCAUCUUAUUACACUUACGGGUUAUUAUAUUCGAUCAUCAAGAUGGCCUGAAACAGAAAAUAAGAUAAUUGAUAUACUUUGGUGUGAAAUAUUACAAGUUUAUCUUGUUGCAACAUCGAAAAGUCUUUAUAGGCUUAAAUAUGAUUCAAAUCAGACGCUUUUAAUUGAAAAAUUAUUUGAUUAUCCUCAUUAUUAUUUAUCAGAAAAGAUUUUCGUGGCUUGUAAUUCUUAUCGUCUUUAUAUACAUGAUCCAUCAACAAAAUUAAUUGAUGUUUAUACUCUUCAAUUUGUUCAUUUACAUACAAAACAAUUACCUGAUUCUAUUAUUAUUAAUCAAAUUGAAGAAUUUUUUUGUUCUGAUUCAUUUCUUAUUUUACAUUACAAACAAACUCCUAAUAAAAUUAUUAUAUUAGAUCCAGUAACAAUGAUAAUUAAAUAUGAAUUUGACUUAUCAUAUAUGACAAUAUCAUCUAUACGAUGUUUUGAUAAUGAAAAUACAUUAAUAUUUACUGGUAUUAGACAAGAUGGAGAAAAUCGUUUGGUUUUUUUGAAUUUUGAAUAUAUAAAUAAAGAAACUAAAAUACAAGAUAUAAUUGCUGAAAAAGCUAUUGAACAUGAUGAACAAUUUGUUUAUCUAUUACCGAAUUGUCGAGAUUUAAUGAUACUUAAUGUAAAUGCUGCUCGUGUACAAUAUUUGAAAUAUCAUUCUUAA